AUGCUUCCCGUUGACAUUCCGGCUGCAUGCACUUUGGCUUCCUUUACAUAUAUCGUAAAGCUUCUCACUUCCUUACAUUUCAUUCAUUCCUCGAUGGCUCUCCGGGUCGUCUCGCGGGUCCUUGCCAUCGGCCUCGUGGUUCAGCCUGUCGAGUGCCACGUAGAGGACGCGCUUGCGCUAGUGCAGUCCGUUGUGCAUGUCUCGCCCGCCGCCGAGGCCGCCACGGCGCCCACCUGGAGCUCCGCGGCCGAACUUCAAGGCCUUCGAGAAGUAAGGUUGAAGGACGGGGAUGUCCAGAUCAGCUUCUGGCGGAAGCUGAAAAAUAUCACGUCCGCAGGGUCCAUCGCGCGUCUCGAGGGCAGCGCGUCCGCAGAGAACCUGCUGCGCGCGCUGAGCUGGGAGUUCAACGCCUCCGAGACAGGGGAACCGAAGACGCAGCCGGAACUUGCCCUCACCAUGCAAUACAGGGCCAGGCUCGGGAACCGGCUCUUCCAGUGGGCCGCCCUGGUGUCCAUCGCUGCAGAGGCGGGUGCCAAAGUCGCCGCGCCUUUCAACCCCAAGUACAACCCGGAGUCGACACCGCAGCUGUCGAAGGUGGGCCCGCUGAUCUGGCAGGACAAGGAGUUCCAGUGGCUAGGCAGCCAGCCGAAGAAGUGCCACAUCUGGGACCGGAUCCCCGUCAAGCUCGACUGGAACAUGGAGAACCUGUCCAACUUCACCCUGGGAGGAGUCCCCAAGGGCGAGUUGCAGCUGCAGGCCGACGGCCCCAAGCCCGAGCGCACGCAGAACUGGGCGCGCACGUGGGCCGACGCGAUCACCAGGACGCUUAUACACCUUGGAGGGGCGGCCUGCUCCAUGCCUGCCCCUGGGGCCUACCCCUGGGGCCUAUCUCUAGGCCUACCCUAGGCGUAUCUAGGCGUACCCACACCCCUAGGGCCUACCCUAUUCCAGGCCUACGCCCAGACUUGCCGCAGCAGCGGCGGCAGCAACA